AUGCCCAAGAAGGACACACCAAAGGACAAGAAGAGGUUUAUGGAGGAUAGUGUUGACUGGCUUCGAAAGAACACACCAGAUACAUCCAAGCUUGAUGAACCAACCCUUGACAGUCUGUUGCAGGUUCCAGGUGCACCUAUGCCUUCUGGAGUUGUGCCUCGUGAGGAUAAGAAGAAGGGUGUUGAGGAUGUGUUUGAUUGGCUCAGGAAGAAUGGCGCCCCUGAGGAAGAGCUGGAUGAAGCCACUCUUGAAGCCCUCUCAGAUUUGACUGGUGUUACAAUGCCCAAGAAGAAGACCCCUGAAGCAAAGAAGAAGCUCGUGGAUGAUGCUGUUGACUGGUUGAGAAAGAACCAACCUGAUACGGCGAAGCAGAUGAAACCGCAACUCCUUGACAGAGCUUGA